AUGGCCCUCCCCGAAUUCCCCUUCGCAGCUUCACUUUCCUCGUUCGUCUCCGCGGCCCGAAACGCCGCUCUGACCGGAGUGGCUAUAACGCAGCAUGCCGUGUCGAACGCAGACAUUCCAGCAGUUCUGGCGGCCGCCGGAGAAAAGACCAAGGAGUUCAUCACUGAAAGCGUCCCGGAGGCAACUGGUCAGGUGUAUGAAACUUGCAAAGCCAACCCCGGUAUGAUGGUGGCAUGCGGCACCGUGGGCGUCGGGGUCCUCCUCGUCGCCGCGCCGGCGGUAGUGGCCGCGCCAGGUCUUGCGGCAGCCGGUUUCGGGGCUGAAGGUGUUGUCGCCGGGUCCGCAGCCGCAGGCGUCCAAAGCGGGAUCGGCAGCGUUGUAGCACCGAGCUUGUUUGCUACUCUCCAGAGCGCCGGGGCCGGUGGUUAUGGGGUGGCAACCGUGUACGGCGCCGUUCAGGGUGUAGGCGGCGUCAUCGCUUCUGCUGGCGCAGGUGGAUUUGCGUGGUCCAAGGCUAAGGCGUCUAAAGAAUAG